AGGCUCAUCCCCCAACAAGCACCUCUUUCGGCGCCCACCACACAGUCUCGCUUUUCUCUGGUGUGAUAUCGUGAAAAGUAUGUUCUUGCACGGUUGAUGAUGACUAAGCGUCAGAGUGUUGUUUAAGACAUCUUCAUCUCUGUUGUAUAAAGAUCCGUUCUUGUUGUAGCGAGUAAGAAUAGAAGUCUACAAAGGACUCGUCAAGAUGGCGAACCUCACAUCGGAGUUUUCCCUGGCGACGAUGCCAGGACCUAAACUGGUCCCCAAUUUCGCGGUACAAACGCAAAGGAAACUUAUGGCAAGAACAAGUGUGCCUGUUACUACUAACUCCUGAUUUAGAGAGAGUAGCUGUAGCUUGUACUGCAAGUUGUACACUUAGUAACUAGGGAAGUUGCUCCUCUGGGCCCCACGUGGCAAAUGUAGUGGGCUAGGAAGUUCCUCCUUAUUGCAACAAGAUUCUUUUAGCUUCCUUGACUAUUUUGAAAACGAGAAAGAGAGAAGAAAAACACUCAAGCAGCCUGAGAGGCUCAAAGAGUUGCAACGUCGAACGCGAACGAGAAUAAGAGUGAGCGCUGUUCUUCGUCGCUGUUGCACUUUUUGAAGAUGUGGAAGCCUUUACGCGUGUACAGUAAAGCGGGCCCAUACCUGGCCCAGCCCGCCAGAGUAGCAAGCCAAGCCACGAACCCGAGAGGGCUCGCCGCUGCCGCUUCAGCCGCGAGCCCGAUUCGGCCCCGUCUUGCAUGCUUAGGACAACGCAGCCGCGCGAACCCGAGCCCGAGCCCGGCCUCGCGAGCGCGGCCCCUUGCGGGCCCGGCCCCGUGCCAGCCCAGCUCCGUGCGAGCCCGGCCUUGUGCGAGCCUGGGCCAUGAUGUGCCCCUCCUUGUGCGAGCCCAGCCGGCAUCGCCGGCUCCCUGCGAGCCCGAGCCGGCCCCGUGUGAGCCCAGCCCCGUGCGAGCCCAGCCAUGUGCGAGCCCAGCCCCGUGCCAGUUGAGGUGGGCCCCGUGCGAGCCUGUCCCCGCGCGAGCCUGGUCCCGCCGGCUCUUUGCGAGCCCAGCCGGCCCCGCGUGAGCCCAGCCCCGUCCCUUCGAGCCCAGCCCCGUGCGAGCUCAGCGGGCCCCCUGCGGGCCAAGUGGGUCCCCUGCGAGCGUGGUUCCAUGCGAGUCCAGCCGGCCCCGUGUGAGCCGAGCGGGCACCGCGGGAGCCAAACGGGCCGGCUUCGUGCAAGCCCGGCCCCGUGCAAGCUCAGCCGCGUGUGAGCCUGGUCCCGUGCAAGCCCAGCUGUGUGUGAGCCCGGGCAGGCUCGUUUGAGGCCUGCCCCGUGCGAGCCGGGCCCUGUAUGAGCCCGGCCCCGUGCGAGCUCGACGGGCCCUGUGCGAGUUCAGUGGCACCCGCGCGAGCCCAAGCCGGCCCCGGCGAGCCCAAGCCGGCCCCAGUGUGCCUGAGCCGGCUCCGGUGAGCUUGGGCCGGCCCCACCCAGCGAGCCCAAGCUGGUUCGGGUGAGCCUGAGCCGACCCCGGUGAACCCGAGCCGGCCCCGUCGAGCCUGAGCCUGCUCCGGCGAGCCAGAACCGGCGCCAGCGAGCCCGAGCCGGCCGGGCCCCGGCGAGCCCGAGCCGGCCGGGCCCCGGCGAGCCCGAGCCAGCCCCGGCGAGCCCGAGCCGGCCCCGGCGAGCCUGAGCCGGCCCCGGCGAGCCCGAGCCGGCCCCGGCGAGCCCGAACAGGCCCCGGCGAGCCCGAGCCGGGCCCGGCACGCUCGAGCCGGCCCCACCCCGGCGAGCCCGAGCCGGGCCCGGCACGCUCGAGCCGGCCCCACCCCGGCGAGCCCGAGCCGGCUCCGCUCCGACGAGCCCGAGCCGGCCCCGCUCCGACGAGCCCGAGCCGGCCCCGCCCCGGCGAGCCCGAGCCGGUCGCGAGCGGGUCGCGAGCGCACCCCCCGCGCGCGACGCGCGCGCGCAGCGAGCCCGCGCCGGCCCCGCCCCGGCGAGCCCGAGCCCGAGCCGGCCCCGGCGAGCCCGAGCCCGAGCUGGCCCCGGCGAGCCCGAGCCCGAGCCGGCCCCGGCGAGCCCGAGCCCGAGCUGGCCCCGGCGAGCCCGAGCCCGAGCAGGCCCCGGCGAGCCCGAGCCCGAGCCGGCCCCGGCGAGCCCGAGCCCGAGCCGGCCCCGGCGAGCCCGAGCCCGAGCCGGCCCCGGCGAGCCCGAGCCCGAGCCGGCCCCGGCGAGCCCGAGCCCGAGCCGGCCCCGGCGAGCCCGAGCCCGAGCCGGCCCCGGCGAGCCCGAGCCCGAGCCGGCCCCGGCGAGCCCGAGCCCGAGCCGGCCCCGGCGAGCCCGAGCCCGAGCCGGCCCCGGCGAGCCCGAGCCCGAGCCGGCCCCGGCGAGCCCGAGCCCGAGCCGGCCCCGGCGAGCCCGAGCCCGAGCCGGCCCCGGCGAGCCCGAGCCCGAGCCGGCCCCGGCGAGCCCGAGCCCGAGCCGGCCCCGGCGAGCCCGAGCCGGCCCCGGCGAGCCCGGUCGCGAGCGCACCCUCUCCGCGCGCGUAAACGCGCGCGGGCGCGCGCGCGCAUGUAACGCGCGCGCGCCUUGCUUCGCGCGUAACGCGUUAUAACGCGCGCGCGUUACAGUUUUCACACCUUACGCGCGCGCGCGCAUGAAGUAAGGCGCGCGUAACGCGCGCGCGCGUAACGCGUUAUAACGCGCGCGCGUAACGCGCGCGCGCGCGUAACCCGCGCGCGUAACGCGCGCGCGCGCGUUACAGUUUUCACACCUUAAAAAGAUGAAAAAUUAUAGCUUAAUAAUAGAUUGCUCUCUAAUUUUUUCCUCAUUGCUCUCUAAGGCAUUGACAAAACUUCCAAAGAAUUAGCCCACUCGUUGGAGCCGACGCAGAUCUUGUGCGAGUAAUGAAUGAGUGAACUACUGAUAGAGAGAGUAGCUGUACAGCUUGUACUGCAAGUUGUACACUUAGUAGUAGUAGUUGUCCACAACUUAGUAGUAGGAGUUGUGCACUUGUUAGAUGACAGCAAGUGAAUGUUUCGUCACUGUACCGAUAGAGAGAGAGAGUGAGUAGCCCCCCUAUUUGUAGUCGUGUAGGUAUUACAAAAUGACUUCAACAAGUUGUAGGUCAUUUACAACGCACCAGGACCAUUGCUAGAGUAAGUAUCUUAAGACCAGCAAGUAGGUAUCAUUUACAACGCACCAGGACCAUUGCUAGAGUAAGUAUCUUACUUCGUCUCAAAUGGGUCGGAGUCUACUUUUUAUGACGAACAUUGACUUUGUACUACACAUGGAAUUUGUCACCUCGUCUCUAAAGACCCAAUGAUCCAACUUCCAGUAUACUACGACGCCACAAAUCCGGAUGUCGUGGCUCAGGUUGAUAGGCAUGCUCGAGAUUACGAUCCGGAUAUAGCAGUGAAAGCAGUUAAACCAGGUAUUUAAGAUUCAUUUUUGGAGAAGAGUGUUCAUGUUGUUGAAGAUGCUUUCCUUUAUUAUCAUUCAAUCAGCGCAUGCUUCGGUUCUUUUUCCACUCACAUUGAUGGCGCAUCAUGCCUAUACGCUUACCUUGUCGCAGGUGAGCUAACUCCUAUCCUAUCAUAACUACUUCCAGGCAAACGCGAGGGCCUCGAGUUUCGAUUAGGGAUAAAGAGAGAACAGGCGCUUUUCGGGUCACGGCAAUUUGGCCAGGAUGCUAAUUUGAUGAAGGUAUUCUCGUUCUAGUAGUUCCAGUAGUUCGCGUCAAAAGAUACCUCAAGAAAAGGUAAAUGAAUGAAUGAGUGAAUGGUAUUAAAUCAUGCAUGGUAUUGACAUCAGUACUAGUGGCUCUACUAUUUGGUACGUCCCCUCCACGACUAGACAUCUAAACCUUUUUUUCCUUUCCCACCUCUCACCCCGCAGUCCCGACACGUUCAAGAUCUGAAUUCGAUUGAGCAGAUUGAGACGGGAAGAUUAGACCCAGGUGCCUGCAAGAAACGAGUUUUAGGCUAUCACGACAUGUACAUGCAAGUGGGCAGAGGGCCCAGUGAAAGGCUCAGGGCGAAUAGGUGCAGCUACUUCUUUAGUUUCUUCGAAAGAUGGACUCAAGAUUUAUAGUACGGGGUAGAAAUAGGCCCUAUCUAUCCUUGGAUGUAUCAAUCACGAUCUUUGUUUCAUUUUUGUCCGUGGAUUUGGUUGAUUGAUUCUCCAACUAAUCUUCCCACCAGUCCACCUCGUUUAAACCCGACAUUAAUGGAAAAGACACGACGAGAAUUGCGACCCGGAGAGGGCAGGCUUAGCAAUAUCGCAGAGUUGAGCAAAGUGGGAGGUACCUGAUGAAUUUUUGUUAAUUUUGAUUUUUAAAUUUACAGUCGUGGUCUUGUAUUUUCGGAUAAGAAUAUGAAUAUCUAUGAUCCUUGCAGAUGAUAUUCUUUUCCUACCACUCCAACCACCGCCACCACGACUAUCAGGUGAAAUCAAAGCUCUACGUGCUGAGAGGAAGUUUGUGGCCUUAGAGGUCUGACGAAGGCAAGUAGGCUGAGCCCACUGAUGAGCUCACUACCGGCUGAAUGUAAGUAGUAGAUAUAAGAACUGAGCCCACUGAUGAGCUCACUACCGGCUGAAUGUAAGUAGUAGAUGUAAGAACUUGGAUCAAAGGAUGACAGGUCCCCGCACAUGUCCCGAAAUAUGGGACACUUCCCCACUUCCUCCCCAUAAAAAGCAAACUACAUGGAAAUACCCUUUGGAUCCCGCUUCCAACAACAGGACAUGUGAAACAGAAAAGGAGUGAUUGACCUCAUUCGAAGACAUGAGAAAAAAUGCAAAGACGGAAAGGGAGAGAUGACGAAGAAGAAGAAACAGAAGAACAAAUAGCUCUCCCACACCAACCUCUUGUCAGGCAUAUCAAUCAGUGAACCAAUAAGUAACCAGACUGACUAUACUAGUCAAUGUUGAUUCUGUACGAUCAAGGGAGACGCAAUGAUGAUGAUGAUGAUGAUGUUGUAGUGUUUCUUUCUCAUGAAA